AUGGCCAAUCAAAGGCACCGGACGAUGCAGCAGCGGUAUUUCUAUUCCAUUGCUGCGUUUGCGGUGCUCGCCGUUGCUCCUACACGCUUACUGGCAGCCGAGGAACCUUCCCCAUUAAGGUCCAAACGGGCGCCUUCUUGGUCAGAACAGCAAACAGCAGUAGAGCUGCUGGUAGGCGCCACUGGCUUUCGCAGCGCGCGGCAUGGCAGAGCCUUCCCGUUCAAUGGCACGCUGCCGUGCCGGGGCAAGGCUGAGUGCGGCAAGCAGCGGCAGCAGCAGGAGCAGCAAGACACGUCGGGGGAGGUGGUCCUAGAAGGCCUGGAUCCCCCCGUCAGUGUCUCAGCAAGCGCCCAUCGAGGGGCCCUGCGGGAGCUCGCUAAGGCGUUCCAGGACGGCUGGGGAGUGGCUCAGGACAUGCGGCUGGCGCUGCAGCUGUUCCGUGCAGCCUCCGAUCGGGGGGACCCGGAGGCGCAGGGCCACAUGGGGCUGAGGUACUCCAUGGGGCUGGACCAGUUGGAGAGCUGGGCGGCUGAGGGGAUUAUGGGAUUCGGACAGCCUAAGGGCCCCGAGGCGCUGCUCCACUAUUACUUUGGCGCCCUGGGUGGCGACAUGGCCUCCCGCAUGGCCCUGGGGUACCGCCACCUAAUGGGUUUGGGGGUGCCGCAGUCCUGCUGGACAGCAGCCUCCUACUACCAGCCGGUGGGCGCGCAGGUCAGCGAUCUUGCAGCGGGACUGGAUCCCCUGAUGUUCCCGCCAGUCGCGGCCGCUGCCGCCGGAGCCGGUGGCGCCGCCCAGGGCGCCGGUGGCGGCGGCGGUGGCAGGGGCUCCUCCCCCUCUUCCCCCUCCGCCGCUGCCGCCGCCGCCGCUCCCUCUCCCGGCGGGCGGCCUCAGUCCCGCAGUGGCUCCCUGCCUCACGUGGAGCGCAUCCGGCUGCACCUGCAGGCGGCGCAAGGGGGCAUGCGCAGUGAGCGGCACCGGGACAUGGUGCAGUACUACCAGCACUCGGCCGACAGGGGCAACACGGAGGCGCAGACGGCAGUGGGGCAGGUGCUCAACUACGGCACUCUAGGGAUGGACCGUGAUCACGCCGCCGCGAUGUCGUACUUCAAGCUGGCUGCGGAGGCUGGCGACGCGGACGCCAUGGCGCACAUUGGUGCCAUGUACGCCAACGGGUACGGCACCGCGCAGUCGUACGAAACGGCACAGGAGUGGUGGGCCAAGGCGGCGAAGCGGCACAGCGGCACGGCACUGUUCGGUCUGGGCUACCUGCACCUUACGGGUCGCGGCGGCGUGGAGCAGGACUACGAGGAGGCGUUCAAGUACUUCACAAAGGCGGCCGAGCCACCGCAAUCAGAGGCCCGGCCUGACGCCUGGUUUUACCUGGGCGUGAUGCACCUCAAGGGGUAUGGCGUACGGCGCAAGAGUGUACAGCGGGCGCUGACGUACUUCUCCCUGGCGGCCCAGGCGAGUCAUCCUCUGGCGCAGUACAACGCGGCCGUGAUGCAUCUGGCGGGCAAGGGAACGGCACGCAACUGCAAAACCGCCGUAACGCUGCUCAAGACCCUGUCCGAAAAAGGCCCCGCGGCAGCUUCCGUACAGCUGGGCCACGAGCACUUCUUUCGGGGCCGGUACGGCCUGGCGCUGCUGUCGUACUUGCGUGCGGCGGACCUGGGGUUUGAGGUGGCGCAAUCCAACGCCGCUUGGAUGCUGGACCGUGGUUAUGUACCCGGUGCGUCUCGGUCCAUGUACCCUCUCCGUGCCAACAGCAGCGAGCUGGCCUUUACCCUGUUCAAGCAAUCCGCAGCUCAGUCUAACGUGCACAGCAUGCUGUGCAUGGGUGAUGCCUACUUCUACGGCAAGGGCGUCAAGCAGGACUGGGAGCGUUCCGCGGAGGCAAUGUUCAAUUUGGGAUUCAUGCACGAGUUCGGUGUGGGUGUGCCGAAGGACCUGCACCUGGCCAAGAAGUUCUACGACAUGGCUGUUCACACGCAGCCUGACGCCUUCUUGCCGGUAGCCGUGGCGAAUGCGUGGUUGCGAGUUCACCGUUGCUGGGACGCGCUGCGGCCCUACCUACCCAUCUGGCUAUGGAGCAGCCUCUUUGCGCUUCAUCCACCGCACACCAGCCUUUUCGGCCCAUGGGUCGCUCGGCUGCAGGCGGCGUUGCCUAAUUUAGCUCUCUUCCACGCGGAGGUUGUAUUCUGGCGCUGGGUGGACCUCACGGGACUGGGCUCCCUGGGGGCAAUGGUACGGCAGGGGGAUGCCGGGGAGGGCGCGACGCUGCUGGCGCUGCUGGGGGGCUUGGCGCUGGUGGUGAGGCUGCGGCGGCGGCGUGCCGCCGUGCGGCUGCAGCAGCAAGAGGCGGCGGCGCGGCUGCUGCAACAGCAGCAGGAGCAGCUGCUGGUGCAGUUGGAACGGUUGGGGGUUGAGGUAGAGGAGAAUCGGGAUAGGGAGCGGGAAAGGGCGGCGUCGCACGGGCUGGCGGCUGCCACAGUUACGGCUGUGGCGGCGGCGGCAGCGGCGGCGGGAGAUGCAGCCAUUGGGUUGAAUGGCAGUAGCGAAGCUGUUAUUGAUUCAGGGGCAGCGGAUGGCGGGGUUGGUUUGGCGGAUGGGGCAGGGCGAGGGGAAGUGGCGGGGGAAGCGUCAAGGAGCGGAAGCGGCGCAACGGAAGAGGUGGUGACAGCGGCAGCCACCAGUGGCGGCAGCCUCGAGGAGCUUUCAGCAUCAGAAGCCGGUGCGCCAGCAGCGGAAGGCGAUGCGGCAGCGGCGGGAGAGAUUGCAGCAAAAGGGUCGAUUGUGUCGGAGUGAGUAAGGUUGCAUGGAGGGCGUGAUCCGAUGAGGCAGCAGAGCGGCACAGCAUGGGGUAGCGCAGGGCACGGUGCGGUUGCGGUUCGGGGGAACGUUGCUGCUCCCUUUCUUUGCGUCCGCGCGCCUACCCGUCGCUCACCCACCGGUUCCCCUUACGUGGUUGGCCUCGCAUGUUCUCACGCCAUGAUAGGUUUUACUCCCCCUGAAUUGAAAGGGGAAGGCGCCUCUUCGGUGGGAGGCCCCCCGCCGCCGGAGUGGUGGUGGUGCAAUAAAGUUCCGCAGAGCUGCGCCUAGAGCGCGGAAAGGGCAAGUGGUGUUGUCGCACCCAACGGGUGCGAGCUCAGACGACGGCAUAACGGCCAUAGCGGCCAUAACGGGGUACUUCCUCAAUCGAGGCGUCACUUUUGGGGGGGAAAGCCAGGGGUUGUGGUGAGUGCUAUUAAUAACUGCUGCCGUGG